AUGUUUUUCUCAGCUCCUGUAUCAACUUUCUUGUACAGCGGUGUGGCAGGUAGUAUCUCAGCCGGUUGUAAUAGCUUAUCAGUUCGUCCACGACCUAAUGAUCGCUUCCGCAUACCAAGGCCGCUGAGCUGGAACACUCGCCACGAGUGCCUAGGCGAGGAGUGGUACAACGAGCACAAGGGCAAGACUUUCAGCACACUGCAAUAUCGCAAGCAGAAUGAAGCUCCCUGGCAUGAGUUUAUUCUUCUCUUCCUUGAUGACAGGUCCGUAUGCCGCGUCGAGCGCACAGGAAUGGCCGAUGAAAAUAACCGACAUGGUGCCCUAUUCUCCCAUGAAAUCCCCGCGGUUGAUUUUAUGCAAGUUCUCCCCGCAUCCGUGGCGUCUGACUAUGAGGCCGGUCCAGUCAAGUCGAUGCUUGUUACAGAAAUCCGUUACCUUGAAGAAAUCAAGUUACUCUCGGUCCUUGAUAUAUGCUACGCUAUGCAACUCGAUUCAGAUGCGAAAAAGUAUACGCUAUGGAGGUUCAAUUGUUAUUUCUUCGCGUGGUCCAUUAUUCUCAUAUUAUCGCGACAAAUUGCUCAAUGGGACCUAGCAUUUAUGGGCUCAAAAUGGGACGAUGCUUGUAAUGACGCCGCCAAGGCACUCGGUUUAGCAUCCCACAAGUCAUUCAAUAACCUUGCUUUUGGACUUGAAGAUUUGCUCACUGCAACAGGGGACAAAAGGAUUUGUGAAAUCGUCGCCCAACACAUCCGGGGGCAAAGCCCUCUACUUAACAGGCGCGCAAAAGCACUUUUGUGGACAAAGCAAGCCCCAGAUAUUAUAAGACGGCGCCUUGAAAACUCCAUAAGACACUCAAUCACUGAGAACACAUUCCAUAUUCUUUUUCCAGAAUUUGGGAGAUUCAGCCUCCAGUCACCUAUCACGCCUAUCGAGCCAAAGCCUUGGGAUCGCGACCAACCAUCCACGGCCCAUUAUCCUACCUCAGCGCCUAUAUCUACCAAAAGCCAUGAGCAUAUGGUACCAAAAACUGACACCCUUCCUGUUACACCAGCGAGAUCGCACCCGUUCCCAACCCUUUCCGAGUUUUUCCACGCACCCAUGUACCAGACUUCAUCGUUAGUUCUGAGCGCUGUUUACGAAGGAGUCAGGAUUAUUUCUCAACCAGAAAGCCAAAAUGCAGUGGGGAUUCCUGCUAUGGAUCUUAGUGAUUGGCGAUCUCAACUAGAUCGUCUACUUACUGAGACGAGCCUUACUGACCCGUCAUACCUCCGGGAUUUAACAACAACUCAAUAA